ACACACACAGAUAUAAAUACUACAUUUGGCAUCGCUCUGCCGAUUCACUUCUUUAGGAAAGAUUGCAACAAGCAGGUUGUGCGAAGAUUCGAAAAAUAACCAACAUGAAAAUAGUCUUCAUUCUCUUCGUCGUUGUCGAAUUAGUGUAUGCAAGAAAACCGGAAAAACUGUUCGUGAAUUAUGGAGAUGAGCUUGAAUAUCCAGAUUAUUACAGAGAUGUAAAUGAUGGAGCAGAUCCUACCAGCACCCAGCUACCGAUUGGUAACGGAGGGCAUCACCAAGGUGGCCGAUUCAGAUCAGGAAUCAAUUGCGGACAUUUCGACUCCAAAGACACAACCCAUCUGGUGGCCGACCCCAACCACACUGGUUCCUUCUACUUUUGUGUCAACGGGGUCAGUAUUGGACCCAUGGAAUGUGCUCAGGGAACCGUAUUUCAUCCUGUUUAUAAAGUCUGUUCAUGGCCCAAUCAGGACGGACAGAUAAAAGAUGGACCCUGAAUUCGUCUCUUGCUUCUUUCUUUUCUUUUCUUUUUUUUUACCUUACUUUUCUUCCCCCAUCUUUUUUUUUUCUUUUUAAAUCUUCAUUUUUCCGGUGAUCUUGGAACAAGUGAAAACAGCAGAAAGUAUUUUGUGAUUUCCAAAUCAACCUCAAAUAAAUUUUGAUCAUAUUUCUUAA